UUUUCGGUUGGAAAUUUUGUCGUGGCAGGGCGCGCCGCGAGUCAACCUGACGUACCCGACAUCCUGUGGAUCUACUCGGGGGGCUUCAUAUGCCUGGAGAUUCUGUUCGGGGGCCUCGUCUGGAUUCUGGUGGCCUACUCCCGCGUCCCUCUCCCUCUGCUGCAAGGAUGGGUGAUGUUCGUGUCCGUGACAGCAUUCGUCUUCUCCCUUUUCUUCCUGGGCGUGUUCCUCUCCGGCAAGACCAAGACUGAUGCCAACUGGAAGUUCCUGGAUUUGGUUUGCCACUCAGUAGUGUUUGUCUGUUACUUCGGAGCCUUUUUACUGGAAGCAGUAGCCAUCUUCCUGCACAGUCGUCGGGUUUGCAGUCCAGCCUUUGCUGGGACGCCGCUCAUGGAUGACAACCAGUAUCACAUCAACAUAGCCGCCACAAUUUUUGCCUUUGUGACCAAAGUUUUUUAUGGUUGCAGUGUGCGUCUGGCUUUACGGAGAUGGCGACUGCAUUACUCCGUACGUAACUUGCUAUCGAAGAUUAGUUGGAGGCGGAGGCCAGAAUCUCACUAGGCAGACCCGGGUUCGAUCCCUUGCCGCUUUUUAUGAUCCCCUGAGCACUGCCAGGAGUAAUUCCUGAGUGCAGAGCCAGUGUAACCCCAGAGCUUUGCCAGGUAUGUCCCAAAAACCAAAAAGAAAGGAAAAAAAGAAAGAAAGAAAGAAGCAUUGUCCAGGUGUUGGUUUCAUUUGUCUACUUAUAGUCUGAUUGAUUUAAAUGUCAUUCUGUCCAGAUAUAAGUACAUUUCAAAAAUAAGUUACUCAGUUUGAAAGAGAAUCUAAGUACAAGCCUAGUCUUAUUUCCUGGGUGGAGUUUAAAUUUUAUUAUAAUAUUAAUUAUAUUAUAUAGAUAGUGCCAUUAUUUUUACAUGUUCCCUUUUUCAAAGAAAAUUUCCCUUUAUAUCCACACAAUGAACAGAUAAUAUUCAUGGAAAAGGAUUCUCUCUUUUGUCUAGUUGCCCAGAAGCUUAAACUUGGAAAUUUAGUGAACCUUAAAGUUUAACUAAAUAUCCCAAAACAACAUUCCUAAUAGGUUUACCACUAAACCUUAUCUUUGAACAUGAAACAGGGAUUAAUAGUCAUUUUCUUUAGAGGCCUGGAAAUAUAAUAAAUAUGUUAGUUUUCACAGGCCUGUACAGCCUCUGUUGCAGUUAUUUCGUACUGAUGUUUCUACAUGAAAGUAGCUGUAGACAACACAUAAAUGAGUGUGUGGCUUUAUUCCAAUAAAACUUUAUAAAAGAAACAGACAGAAGGUUGGAAUUGGCCUGUAUGCUUCAAAUUAUAGUUUGCUGGCCUGUGGUAUAAACCCUUAGUUCUAUGUUCUGUAUUUUAUUAAACUUUUUUUCUGAGCUAAAGUUAAUUAGAUAAAUCUCAGUUGUAUCAUAAUGCAAUAAUCCUAAUGCCUUUUUGUUAAUUGUCAAAUACCUUAAACAGGCUUAUCAUUUCUCAAGUAAUAAGGAGCAUAUAGUUUCUCAAGCUAUUUCAAUCAUGAAACGUGGCUGUAAGGAAGUGUAAUUCAUGAUGGGAUCCCUUGUAGCCUGACCAAAUUCAGGUCUCCUACGAGUGAGCAAAACUCCCUCUUCACAUCCUUCACAUGGAGAUUCCCCAGAGGCCAUUUACCAGCGCUGUAUCUCUCCACUUACCUCAUACUUUGAAUUUAGUCAUGCUUUGAAAUACAGCUGUUUGCCCUGUGCAUGAAUAUAUGAAUAUUGUGUGUGGUUAUGUAAAGCUUUACCAAAUCUAAAGCUCUAAAAUAAGUUUUAACUUCUAAUUAUUCUAUUUUUUGAGUUAAAUUUGAAUAUAGUAGUAAUUCUAUCUUAAAGUUAUGAGUUCUCAGUUUGUUUUUUAUGGUAACCCAUCCACACGUGUUCUUUUUGCAUUGGUGACAGCACAAAGUCACUUUUAGAACAACAGCCAUCAAAAACAAAAUAACCUGCCUCUGGCUGACUAGCAUAUUUUAAAAAGAGACAGUGUUUUAACCCACCUGUAAGACCUUCAUUUUGGACAAGUGUCAGUAUGGCUUGAAAGAAGGGAAUAAACUUGGACUCCCCCUCACAGUUCUCACCACGUUGAAGUAAGGAAUUCCCAACUCCCACUCCACUGGCUACAUGUUGCUCCAGUUUGCUGCCUCUGGGAAAAGAGGGCUUUUGAAUGCUCUCUUCUUUAAUCCUUUUCUUUUUAGCUGAAACAUUCCCUAAAGCGUGUCAUGUUUACAUAGGACUGUUAGAUUUUAUGGAACAUAGAACAAUCAUGAAUCAGUAGUAUGGUCUGUGCUCAGUCAUCAACUGCUGUUGAUGUAAUAAUCUCCUAGAAAGAACUUUGUUAGAGUUUCAUUUUUAGAAUUUAAGGAGAAAACAUGUUUCAAUAUGUGGCUGAAGGAAAUAAGUUUUGUGACUUUAUACACAUGUCAUGUCUUUUCUAUAAAUAUCCCACUCUCUGGGUUUUUCUAGCUCAAGACCACACAUUUGAACUUGUAUUAAAAAUUGUAUAUUACAGAGUCAUAAAUGUGCCAUAAGGAUAUAUAGUUAAUCUGCUCUACCUGGAGUUAUAUAGUCUGCUAGAUUUAAUUGUGAGAUUCUAUUUUCGUUUCCAAGGUAUAACAGGUCUGUACCUGCUGCCAUUACGUUACAUGAUUUCAUGGAAACGCUUUGGUGGCACUUUUGUAAAUGAAUUGCUUCUAGAUAAUUAAGAACCUUAAGUCUAAAACUUAUCUAAUUGUGAGUAUGCUUAGAUUUGUAAAUUAAUUGCAUUUUAGAUUUGUAAGCUGAGUGACAAGCACUUGAACAAAAAUACUGGCAUAUAAGAAUUUAUAUAUCUCUGCUGUAAAGAUGGCAAUGUCUUGGGUGGUUUUAGAAUCUGGUAACUCCAUGAUGAAAAGAAUUUUAUUUUAUAAGUGUUGUAACUCUAAUAAAGUAUUCAUUUGAUAAUCUUUAAAAAAAGAAAAUAUGUCGUGGCAAAUCUCACAGACUCUGGAGUAGAGAAAGAAAUUGAAUUGAUUUGAUUUGAUUUUUUUUUUACAGUGCUAUGUCUUUCCUUGGGAGAGCACCCUGCUGAAAGGGUGUUAUAUGAAUAUAGUAGAUAAGCAAUUAUAGGCAUCCUGGACCCAGUUCCUAGGUAACAGGUUGCCUCAAAUACUUCUUUUUUUGCUUCAGACUCCUUCUGGAUGCACAGCCAAUCCUUUCCCCCUUUCAUUUCUGUCCACCGAUCUUACUGCUUAGAAACUCCACCCCCCCUACCCACAUAGCAUCCCAAUAGACUGUAAGUUGGUGAAUGAUCUGCUCUAUUUAUGUUUAAUGCAUUAUUCAUUAUGGCGUGGCAAGGAGAGAUUAAAAACUCUAAGCGUCAUAAGACAAAAUACCUGCUGAAUAACCUAAAGACUCGAUUUAUCUAAACCACUGGCCUGUCCAGCUGACGUAUUCAUUUGCCCUCUCUUCACCUCUCCUGAAACCAGCACUGAUCAAAGACAAGUUCUUGCAAUUCUUGACAAACCUUUAUCUUUCUUUACAUAAAAUUUCUUAAGCAUUUCCUCCUUUGGGACUGGAGAGAUAGCACAGUUGGUAGGGCACUUUGCUUGCACGUGGUGUCCCAGGUUGGGUUCCCAGAACCCCAUCGGGUCCCCUGAGCCCUGCUAGGAGUAAUUCCUGAGCACAGAGCCCGGAGUAACCCCUAAGCAUUGCUGUGUGUGGCCCCCAAAUAAAAACAAAUUUUGCUUAGGGUUUGAGAGAAGGGGUGUUAGGGUCCCUGGGAGCGUCAGAUGGGUACACUAGUGAUGGGUACGGAGUGGAAUAAUGUGAGUGAGAAACUAUUAUUAACAGUAUGGCAAACCACAGACUCUCAAUCAAUAAAAAAUUCUCUAGACUUCCUGCAUAAAGUUGAUAGAAUGUAUUUGCAUGUUUUAUUAAUGACAGUAAGUAUAACUAUAUCAAAGCGCAGCAACAAAUAAAUAGAAUAGAUUAAAUGGACAUUAAAUGGAGAUGUUAGAGGUAUAACAAUGGUGAAAACAUACUAUGACAGAAAAAUGGGUCUGCAGUAUAAAUGAAAGCAUUUCUAAACAAAUGAAUUUUAGUCAACAUGUCUAGAAGCAUAGAAGUGUUUUGUGACUUAGACUGCUCCACCUCCGUGAGUAUAACCGUUAUCUUCCCUCCCACAUAAACAGAAACACAGGCACUA